GAGUUCAGCCACCAUGGCCAGUGAGGAAUGUAAAACUGUUGCUCCCAUAAAGACGGCCGUGAGGAGCGUCACCAAAGCAUCUGACGUCAGGGAAGACAAUGCUUUGUUCUUGCAGCCAUACAGUAACUGGGAACAGUUCCUAAUGCCUGGCCCACUCUCUGUAGCCAUUUUAGGUGAAAUAAUAUUCCUUUCCGCAGGACAAGACUUUGCAAUUGACAAGGGUAUGCCCAAGGAAGGAUUUAAGUUCAUGAAAUAUCCCAAAUCAUUCCGUACCUCUUUAGUGCAAGUGAGCAAUGAGGGCUGGGAGGCUUUUCAGAUAGCUCACAAGAACAUGGACCAAAUCCGGCUUCUCUCUGUGACAGUUCCGACUGACAUGAAGGAUGUUGUGAAGUUCUUCAUGCAGAAGAAUCCAAAGUACACUGAAGAUUUCCUCCCGAUCCCUCUGAACAGCAUCAAAUCUACUACAGAUAAAUGCUUGAAGCUUUCCACGGUUGUGGAGGAGAAAUUUAAUGCAGUCAUCCGUCUGAUCAAUGAACUACUGGAGGCCUGUACAAGUUCCAAAGGAGAUUAUGAUAAACAAUUACAUGAAAUACAAUUUGAAAAGGAACGUGCUGCAAUGCAGGAGGAAGCAUCUAAAGAAAGAAAAGCCAUGAUAGAAAAACAUCAUCAAAAACUGGAAGCCCAAAUGAAGGAAGCAAAGGAAGAUUACAAAGCCAGCAUGGAUUCCAUACCUGUUGGCUGGGAUGCUGUGGGCAUGGCUAUGGCAGAAACACUUGUGAAUGGUUUCAGUGCAUUCAUCAGUGGAAGCGUGUUGAAGGCUUUCUCUGGGGAAAGCAGUAAUAAAUGUCAUAAUUCCAGUUCAAGGAAUGAUCAUAAUAACACCUAUCCGAAUUCUGCUGAAGGAGUUGAGAAUGAUAUCAUUUAUAAAGCAGAGACUCUACAAAAUGUUAUUCAGCAUAUUCGUCCUUUCCUGAAUGAGGAUAACAAAAUUAACUUGAGUAAGUUGAACAGUGCAGAUGGAGCUGACAUGUUAAGCUAUUGUAAAAAAAGCUUGGAUGAUUUGCAGCAGAAAGCAACAGAUGGAAUGGACUGCAAAGAGAAGCACACAGCAUUGAUGAUCUGUAAAGCAGGAAUUGGAAUAUGUGAGGAGCUGGUAACAAUGGGAAAGUCUAAACAAGUUGACAAAAACAAAAUGGCUGAUCUAGCUGUGAAGAUCAAACAAGUGAUGCAGAAAUCAAUUACAUUCACCUCUCUUAGCAAGGGAAAGACAGGAUCCAUGGGGUUAACUGCCAGUCCACCACACAUUGCUACAGCUCAACCAGCAGAGGGACUCAGUGGUGUACAGACAGCCAGUCUCAAUGCCAGAAUCAAAGUGGACCAGUCUGCAGCUCAGCUACGAGCCUCACAGGAGAUGUAUGAGAAAAGCUUUGAGAAUAUAAUGGAGAAUAACAAAGAACUCCAACAGGUCCUGGAGACUCUGAAGCGUUGUAAUGUUCAGGAAAUAGACUUUAAUACAACUGUGGAGAUGCUCCUGAAGGGAUUGGAUGCAUUAGGCCGUGUGAAGGAACAAUGGGGGAAGAUGGUGCUCUUCUUCACCAUGAUGUCAAACCUGAUCGAAAGCUCACUGAACCCAUCACUUCUCAAAUUCACGGAGUACAGUCAAAAUAUUUCUGGCUAUUCACCGAACCAGCUGACACAGGAUCUACUGUACACACAGAUCUCUCAUGCCACCAACAUUGCCAGCCUUGUCCACAUGAUUGCUGAAACCUACGUACAGGUCUCCACCCACCACCUGAUGGAUCGAAUCAACUGCCUGGGGAAAUUACUGGGACUCGAUCCAAAGCGGGACAUAAUUAACAAUGUGUUCCAGUCACUCACCGCUCUCUUAAUGGAGGAGGUUGAUUGGAAGGGGACCCAAACUGGGACAGAAUGGGAAUGGGAACAUGAGAUGUUUGGAUCGGACUGUGAUGAAGCAUCAAAAGCCAGAGAGGAUCUUGUUAAGAUGAACAAGGAGUUUUAUGAAAAAUGUGUGCAGACGAGAAUAGACAGGAUUAAUAAUAGUGUGAAGAUCUUGCUAUCCACAGUCACUACAGAAGAAAUGAAAGGAAAAUCUCUUUUACAGCGUUUUCCUGCCAGAUGCUUCGCGAAGGCCGACGAGGGAUCCAGCUAUGGGCUGUGGGAAAACCCGGGUCCGACCACGGAAGCGGGUAGCUGGCAAAUGUCGGGUUCGCGAUCCCAGUCACUGACAAGACGGCAAAACCUAGAGGACGAAGCACAAGCUGUUGGACCAAUCAAGGCCAAUGACGAGCAAGGCUUCAUAGUUUCAGCGACAACGCACCCCACGUCUUCAUCAGCAGACAUGGGAAAGGUAGGAAAUGAGUACUUUGCAUCAGGAUUCACCAAGAGAAGGACAUACGAGCUGGGAAAGGGAUCUUGUGGGCUGAGGCAGUAUGAGAUCAAGAAGGGCAUGGGGCUAGGUGUGUUGAAGAGCAUUAAGGUGGACAUGUCCUCAGAGUAUGAUUGGAUCUAUCGCAGAUUAUUAAAAGAGACAAAAUGGGAGAAUACUGGGGCCCAGAUGAAGAUCUUUGCAUCCUCACUAUUAACAGAUCAGGUCAUGGAGGAUUGGAGAGCAAUUAAUAUAGCUUGUUCAAAAGAGGAAAUAAGGAUAAUUCAGGACCCUGGAGCCCCCAACGUUAUUAAUAUCCCUCCUCUGUAUUUCUAA